GGCGACUCGGGAGUGCGGUCGGCAAGUAGAGCCUGGCGGUGUCACGUCUUCGGCGCUUUAACCCUGUAGGGGCGUGCGACUGCGUCUUUCUCAAGAGGGCGCCCCUCGAGCGGCGGGCUGAGUGGCGUCCAGCGGCGGGGAGGCGAAAACCGUGGGGGAACUCAAAAGCAGGUGGCGGUGUAGGGCGUGUAAGAAGGAGAUAGCCAGGCCCCUGGGCGGGGGCGGGCCCUCCUUAUCGUCCCAGAGGGCUUGUCUGCUACAGGGGCUCCCAGCGGCCUUCCGCACCGAAGGGACCCUGGGCGUCUGAGGCCCUGAUCCGGGCGGGCCUUCAGGAUGUUAGCAGUCCCUGUCCGGUUGAAGGUAGGAAGCCGAAAACCCGAGUGGGGGACGAACAGACUUACCUCCUGUCCCGCAAAAGAUCCACUAGAUCGUCGUCUCCAAAACCUGAGAGACCGCGAACGGAUUCCAGAGCCGCAGCGUUCUCUCAGACCUGGCGUUCAGAAAGAUUCUAGAGAGCACGGGCAGGUCCCGGAGGUCUCAGACCCGCAGGUACAUCUCGGAUCCGUAGACUUGCAGGCGAAGCCCAGAUAUCGUAGGCUGAUCCGAAGGACUCAGAUUCCCGAGGCCUCAGACUCGCAGGCAGCUCAGAGCAACCACAGGCUCAGGCAGAACCCUGAGACCACAGAAGCUGGCCAAGAAACUACCAGCAACUAAGCUGCAUUCAGCUGGAGUUCCUCGGAACGGGAGGACUCGCAGCUCUCCCUUUCCCCAGCCAGGAUGAGGGAAAUAGACAAUGGAAGUUGAGCACUGGGGAAAGCAGGCAUUCUGCGUGGGGAAGAGCUCCGAGCUCGCUGUAGCCUUGGAGAGGGAAGUGAUGGAAAAAGAAUAUAGCAGCUUAUUAGGGACUCCCACCCUCUUCAAGUUAUAAAUAUCCCCAGAACCUUGGCUACGUGCCCGGAAGCCUGUUGUCUCUAACUGUACAGGAGACUUCUCUGCCUGGGCUGGGAAAGGGGCCUUUCUUUUGUUUUGCAGAUAGAUCCACCCACUGAGGAACUUCAAAAUUUUUUUCAAACAUAACUCCAGGCCUUGCUUUUAUUGGUGAGUGUCCUGUUCCCAGUGCCCGGUUAUUUAUGAUUAAAUUACUCAAGUGUCUAAAAAGAACUAGAAGGACCCGACCCAGCCAUAAUGCAGACUUUCCCAUUCCUUCUCUUUCCACCCGCAACUGUGGGGCUAAGAAUUCUUCAGUUCUUCAGAUGUCACAGAAUUAUACCAUCCUACCUCAUCUAAAAUCGAUCCGAGGCUGGUCCGAUGGUAGUGGGUUACCAGAACUUAGUAACAUUAAUAUCUCUAAAGUUAGUAUACAACCCCCCACUGCUAAAUUUGACUAUAAAAAUAAAAUUGAUCCGAGCACCAUAUAAAAUGGAAUCCUGGAGGGUCCCCUAGAGGCAGUAUCCCCAGUGGAAGGAGCGUGGGCCUCAAGGUCAGACAAACCUGGUUUGGAAUCCAUGCUGUGUAUCCUUUGUAAAGUCAUUGAAUCCAGGCCCAUUUCCUUUUCUCUAAAAUAAGGGUCAUCAUACCUAAGGAUGUUGUGAGGCGUGAGUGAGAUGAUUAAAGCGUUCCAGAGAGUGCGCUCUUGGAUGAUAGCCGUUACUUUUUAUUAACCCUGGCUUUGGUGGUAAGGGAAACUUCCAGAAAUGCUUGUGGGUAUAUUGGAUAGCUCAGAAAAUCUGGGAAAUCAAAGUGGCUCAAUAGCUGUGAGGAACUGUGGGUGACCUUAUCUUCACAUUGUGUUUCUUCCAGAAAUUCAGACGCAACAGAGGUUGGGCCAGUUUGGUGGGUUCCAGUGAGCGGUGUGUGGAGCCUAGUAGAGCAUAGGUACUUGGGGUUGCCAAAACCCCAGCAAGUUGAGGCUUCACGCUCAGGGAAACUUCUGGGUCAGAGGUUAAUAACCACGCUCCUUGGAGCGAGGAGGAGGGGAGCCUUUCUGACUAGCUGAAGUAAUUGCAGGUUUCUAACUGGGCCUAAGGUGAGCUGAGGGCUUAAGCCCCUCAGCCCAGCGGGGGUCCCUUUUCAUCCCUCCUCUGACAGACUGCUUUGUAAACUUUCUUAGGCCUUCCCCCCACCCCUUUGCCCCAGUGCUUUAAGCCCUUCUUUGUCUUCUUGCUGUUUCUUUUAUUCCUCAGGCCUGCGGGGCGGGGGCGGGGUGGCGCCCAGGGCGACUCCCCGGGCUCAGCUUUGGCUGCCUGCCUCCUUCUGUAAGUGCUUUUUUUUCUUCACCUGGGACCCUCUAGAGGUUGGAAAGAGAAGAGAGGCUGGGAGCGGAUGGAAAGCAUGACUGCAUCUGGAGCCCCUGGGGGGAGUGGGGAAGAGGGAGUGGAAGGACAGUGGCUGAGGGGCUUCCUGUUGUAGCCUUCAGCUGGACUCAGGGUUGGGGUCACUGGAGGAGGAGGUGGCUUCCUGCCCCAUUGUUCUGGACUGCAGUGUUUCUUGGGAAUACUUACUGUAUGUGGAUUUUCAGUAACCAACUUGGAAAGCUGUAUUUGUUCCCAUGAUUCAGCAAACAAUGAGCACCUACUGUGUGCAGAGGCAGCAGGACAGCCUGUCAUCACUGGGAAAGAGGCCAGAAGAGCCAUUUGGCCAGGGUCUCCAAUUCAGUCUUUCAACAUUCUCUCUAAAUAAGGUUAUACAUUAUGUCAGCUCCACUGGCUGAUGGGAUCAAAGACCCUCCUUGUAUAUCUUUAAACCUGUACUCUAUUACCAGGCCACUGUGCCUGUGGAGCACUGUAAGUUCUUACCUUUUAAUAAAUUUUAUAAUUAUCUUGUGAGCAGCACAAUUGUCAUAGUUUUUUGUAUCAAAAACAUUAAUUUGUUAAACAUUUUAAAA